GGUGGGGUUAGAGGUCAGAAACUGAGACCGACUCCCCGUUUACCGUUUCUUUACGGUUCUGCUGUUGCAUCCCGGGACAAUGUGACCCUGCACGGAUCACCUUCAUUAGCUGGUUGGAAACCGUUACGAAAGUUUUGUUCGGUCGACGUGCACGGUUGAACGUUUCAAGAGAAGUGCCCACAUAGCGUCCCCUGCUGCGUUAUAGCUACCCAUUUAGACGGCUGCGGCUUGCCACAGCAGCGGGAGUCCCUACACCGCAUCAAGUGUCGCCUACCUCUCCCCCCCGGCAGCUCCAUCGAGCCAUGCGACAGUGGUGCCUCCCGGCUGCGGCACCGCGAACCGAGCCUCUGCCCACAGGGCGCCUCUCACCCCCGCUGUCAGAUGCCAGGAUGGAGUGUUGUGAGGUGGAGCCACGCUAUACCAUCGAGCAGAUCGACCUCCUUCAGCGUCUCCGUCUCUCAGGGAUGACCAAGCCACAGAUCAUCCAGGCUUUAGCAUCCCUAGAGCGGCUAGAUCCCGACCAUCGCCCCCCGUACUGCAAUGACACCCACACCGCCAACCCCACAACCAACACUACCCCUACCACAGCCUCCGCCCCAGCCCCCUCCUCCUCCUCCUCCUCUUCCUCCCUCUCCUUGGCCUCCGUCACCACGCAGACACCUGGGCUGGAUGGCGCCUCCCUGUCGCCUAGCAACAGCUACGAAACCUCGCCCCCGCCGCUGUACCCCCCAGCAGUCGGAGUUCAGAGGUCAUUCAGCUAUGACAUCAUGGCGGAGGAGGACUGGGACCUGGAGGAGAAGGUAGAGGAGUACAUGAGGAGGGACAGUAACCUGGUGAAGGAGGAGAUUAAAACCUUCCUCAACAACCGCAGGAUCUCCCAGGCCAUCGUGGGACAGGUCACAGGUAUCAGUCAGAGUUACAUCUCCCAGUGGCUGCUGCAGCAAGGCUUGGAGAUGAGCGACUCCAAACGCAGAUCUUUCUACCGCUGGUACCUGCUAGAGAAGAACAACCCAGGGCUGAGGUGGAGUGAAAGCCAGCAUGGCCCGGCGGGUCUGGGCCUGGGGCUCAGUGGUCUCGGCCAGGGGCUGGGCCAAAACCUGGGCUCUGGCCCCAGGGCAGCCAGGGGAGGGGACAGAGACGUCACGGCGACGGGCAACGCCGCCACGGGCACCACGGCCACUACAGCCGUGACCGCCUCCACCACCUGGGGCAGACAGAGAGAACUGCUGAUGCACCUGCUGCCAUGGUACACUGCAGCCUCCUCACAGCCAGGUGCUACCCUGUCGAUGCGCUCCCUGGUGAAGGAGGAGCCUGAUUGGAGGACGGGGGUCAGCCCCGGGGAGAGGGGCGGGAUGAUUGGCGGUCCUCUUAGGCUGCGGAGGGGAAGCAGGUUCACCUGGAGGAAGGAGUGCCAGUCCAUCAUGGAGAGUUUCUUCAUGGAGAACCAGUACCCUGACGAGGCAAAGAGAGAGGAGAUCGCUAACGCCUGUAACUCAGUCAUCCAGAAACCCGGAGGCAAGCUGUCUGAGUUUGAGCGUGUCACGGCUCUGAAGGUGUACAACUGGUUCGCCAACCGCCGGAAAGAGAUGAAGAGGCGGGCUAAUAUAGAGGCGGCCAUCUUGGAGAGUCAUGGUAUCGAGGUUCGCAGCCCGAGCUGUCACUCCAACGGGGAAGAGCUGGAGCCACAUGACUACGCAGAGCAAGUGAAUCAACGGUUCUCAGAGCAGGAAGAGAUUUCAUCCAGGAAGGACCUUGAUCAACAAGACCCCUCAUUGGCUGCCGUCAAUGUCCUUCCCCCUCCUAGCCCCGCCCCUCAGGUCCUGGAACACAAAGCUGACGAAUCGAAAAGGGAGACUGUGGAUGAGGAGUGACCUAUGGGAGAAGAACGUCACUAAAGUGUGGAUUUUUACAUAUAUAAGGGAUUUUUUUUUUAAGAAAAUAAAAAUGACUGCUCUGAGUGUCUGUCCUCCUAGAGGUCUUCAGGGGUUAUGACUGCUCUGAGUGUCUGUCCUCCUAGAGGUCUUCAGGGGUUAUGACUGCUCUGAGUGUCUGUCCUCCUAGAGGUCUUCAGGGGCUAUGACUGCUCUGAGUGUCUGUCCUCCUAGAGGUCUUCAGGGGUUAUGAAUGCUCUGAGUGUCUGUUCUCCUAGAGGUCUUCAGGGGUUAUGACUGCUCUGAGUGUCUGUCCUCCUAGAGGUCUUCAGGGGCUAUGACUGCUCUGAGUGUCUGUCCUCCUAGAGUUCUUCAGGGGCUAUGACAGUCAGAGUUAAUAGUGGAAAGGGUGCUACAGGUCGCUCUGGUGCCUCUAGUGGUAGGGAGGCCACUGUAUGUAUACAGUAAUCAUGCUUUAUAGUAAUGGCAAUAUUUAUCUCUCUCUCUAUAUAUAUAUAUAGUGCAUUCCAAGACUGUCUUAAACUAAAAAAAAAAACUCCUUCGAAGGAAGAGGGUUGUACCGGUAAGCGGAUCUAUCGUCCCUUCUAUAAGCUAAAAGCCUUUCUUUAAACAAAUGUAUUUGCGAUUUUUCUUUUUAAAAGGUAUUGACGAGUGGUUGUGUAAAAUGGAGCUAAGUGGAGGGAGGAAGGAACGUUUUCAACCUGCAGGUCAGGUGUGUUUGAUGAUAAGGUGAGUCCGGUGUGUUUGGUUGAAGCAAGCGAGGCUGAGUUUGGUUGAUCUUUGUUGUGACGAUAGUGUUUUAAGAUAAUAUCAGCAUGAUAAUAUCCGCCUUCUCUGCUCGCUUGAAUGUCUGACCUGAUCUUAGUAACCUUUGUUAGACUUUUGGGCUCAAUCUAUCGAUCCGUCAAGUGAUCGAUCAAGUAGUCUGGUCAGUGUUAAGAGUCCAACCCUGAGGGACAAACGGAAUCUCAGGUAAACCCAAACAUGGUGGAUGAGGCUGCUGAAUCGUCCAAUAUUUCUCUGUAGUAAAGCUUGUUCAAAGGAAUGUUUCAUAUCAUAUAAUAAUAUUGACUGUUUUCUGCCAAAACAUGAACACCCAGUGAGCAAAAAUGGGUUGAAAGGACGUCUUUUUUAAACUUGUUUUCCUCACUGCAUUUACUAUGUAUUUAUGUACAGUUGAAGUCUGAAGUUUACAUACACCUUUAGCCAAAUACAUUUAAACUCAGUUUUUCACAAUUCCUGACAUUUAUAAUCCUAAUAAAUAUUCCCUGUUUUAGGUCAGUUAGGAUCACCACUUUAUUUUAAGAAUGUGAAAUGUCAGAAUAAUAGUAGAGAGAAUGAUUUAUUUUAGCUUUUAUUUUAGCUUAUAUUUUCUAUAGGAUUGAGGUCAGGGCUUUGUGAUGGCCACUCCAAUACCUUGACUUUGUUGUCCUUAAGCCAUUUUGCCACAACUUUGGAAGUAUGCUUGGGGUCAUUGUCCAUUUGGAAGACACAUUGGCGACCAAGCUUUAACUUCCUGACUGAUGUCUUGUGGAUAUAUUGAAGCAACAUCUCAUCAUUUUCUUUCCACAUGAUGCCAUCUAUUUUAUGAAGUGCACCAGUCCCUCCUGCAGCAAAGCACCCCCACAACAUGAUACUGCCACCCCCGUGCUUCACGGUUGGGAUGGUGUUCUUCGGCUUGUAAGCCUCCCAUGCAAGCCUCCCUCAUUUUACUGUGGAUAUAGAUACUUCUGUACCUGUUUCCUCCAGCAUCUUCACAAGGUAAUUUGCUGUUGUUCUGGGAUUGAUUUGCACUUUUCUCACCAAAGUACGUUCAUCUCUAGGAGACAGAACGCGUCUCCUUCCUGAGCGGUAUGACGGCUGCGUGGUCCCAUGGUGUUUAUACCUGCAUACUAUUGUUUGUACAGAUGAAAGUGGUACCUUCAGGUGUUUGGAAAUUACUCCCAAGGAUGAACCAGACUUGUGGAGGUCUAUAAUAGUUUUUUUCUGAGGUCUUGACUGAUUUCUAUUGGAUUUCCCAUGAUGUCAAGCAAAGAGGCACUGAGUUUGAAGGUAGGUCUUGAAAUACAUCCACAGGUACACCUCCAAUUGACUCAAAUGACGUCAAUCAGCGUAUCAGAAGCCAUGACAUAAUUUUCUGGAAUUUUCAAAGCUGUUUAAAGGCACAGUCAACUUAGUGGAUGUAAACGUCUGACCCACUGGAAUUGUGAUACAGUGAAUUAUAAGUGAAAUAAUCUGUAAACAAUUGUUGGAAAAAUGACUUGUGUCAUGCACAAAGUAGAUGUCCUAACCAACUUGCCAAAACUAUAGUUUGUUACCAAGAAAUGUGUGGAGUGGUUGAAAAAACGAGUUAAUGACUCCAACCUAAGUGUAUGUAAACCUCCGACUUCAACUGUAUGUCUUGUUUUUAAUGUCAAUAAGCCGAGGGUUCCUUUCUAUAUACUUCCGUCUACUCGUCUUUCUUUGUCAAUGAAUGUAUUAAUCAAAGGAACAUUAUGUAUUAGUAACUAAUUAUAAUGAGUUAAUUAUGUCCCUUUUUCUCUCUCUCUGUUCAACAUACAUUAAACCACUCAAGUCUACUAUUCUCUGAAACCCAGAUAAGCUAGUCUGUAGUCUACAGGUUUGAUUUCAAAAAAAAAAAAUAUGUUCUUGGCGACAUAAAAUGUGUUUGUUAAUCAUGACUUGUAAUGUUGUAAUGCUGUGCUAUAAGUACCUUUGUAGUAUAAGCUACUCUUUACAUAUGGUGUGUAUGACUGAAAGCUGCACUUCCUGGGCACUUCCUUUAUGUCAUGUAUUUUCCAAGAAGUGGAUCAACUAUG